AUGGCUCUUGUAAACAGCAAAAAAAAGUGUGAUACAGACGGAUGCUCUUUCCUACAUCAUCCGCUACUUCAUAAACCGGAGAAUCGAAUUCCCACAGUUUCGAGGCCGAAUUCACUGCUAGAUUUGGAACCGAGUUGCAAUGUGCACCAAGGACAGUCUGCGGUACUAUUUCGCAUGGUUCCUGUCGUUCUGUACGGUCCAAAGAAAGCGGUGCGAACAUAUGCGUUCAUCGAUGAUGGAUCUGAACUCACUCUCCUAGAGCAAAGCCUUGCUGAUGAGCUUGGUAUCGAAGGACCCAAAAAAUCGCUCUGCCUGAAGUGGACUGGCGGCACUCGCAAGAUAGAAAAAGAAUCUCAGCAAGUGAAUUUACAAGUCUCUGGAACACACAGUUCGACCAAGUACAAUCUAACGGGGGUCAAUACUCUAUCGUCGCUGCAAAUCCGGCCGCAAACGUUGCUUAUCUCCGAGCUGCAGGCAAAGUUUCCAUACCUGUCAGGACUACCACUUGAGGGAUACUAUGAUGUCAGUCCACGACUUCUAAUCGGACUAGAUAAUUCCAGUCUUGGACAUGGAAGCAAGUGUAAAGAAGGAAGAUGGAACGAACCGAUCGCAUUGAAAACACGGCUAGGAUGGUUAGUUUACGGUAACUGUAGCGGAAAGGAAAACAGCGUCGGAUACAUGAAUUACCACAGCGUUCAAAAAUGCGAAUGCAACCAGAACUAUGAUGAUAGCCUCCACAGGGCAAUGAAAUCUUACUUUGCUCUAGAUAGCACCGGAAUAAUCAGCCCAAACAAGGUUCUCCUUUCACAAGAUGAUCAACGUGCACAAUUACUCUUAGAGUCUCUCACUCAUCAAACAAAUGAUAGGUACGAAAGCGGUCUUCUCUGGAAGUACGACAACGUAAAACUUCCGGAUAGCAAAGCAAUGGCUAUUAGACGAUGGGAGUGCUUAGAGAAUCGAUUACAAAAGGAUCCAGUGCUAGGUGAGGCUCUCAAGCAGAAUAUACAGGAGCACGUAAACAAAGGCUAUAUUCGGAAACUCACAUCAGAUGAACUAAAAGAGCACUACCCAAGAAAGUUCCGUCUAGUGUGGGAUGCGGCAGCCACCGUGCAUGGCGUUUCCUUAAACUCGUUCCUUUUGAAAGGUCUUGAUCAACUUACGUCUCUUCUGGAAGUGCUGAUUCGGUUUCAUGAGCACCGGGUAGCAGUUUGUGGUGACAUCAAGGAGAUGUAUCACCAAGUACAAAUAAGAGUUGAAGAUCAGCAUUGUCAAAGAUUUCUAUUGAAAAAUGAAAAUGAGGAAAGUCCAAGUACUUAUAUCGUUCAAGUGAUGACCUUCGGUGCUUGUUGCUCACCGAGCACAGCGCAACAUGUCAAAAAUAGUAAUGCGAAGCGAUUCGAGCAAGAAUAUCCUGAAGCGGCCAAUGCCAUAAUUAAAGGCCACUACGUAGAUGACAUGUUAGUCAGCACAGAAACCGAGGAAGAGGCUGUAAAUCUGGCGCAACAAGUGAAACACAUUCAUACACACGCCGGAUUUGAAAUGCGGAACUGGAUUUCCAACGCCAAAACCGUGCAAUCCACGCUGACGGAAGGAACUAAUGAGGAGAAAAACCUGAGCAUCGGCGAAGAAUCUACAACGGAAAAAAUUCUUGGGAUGUGGUGGAACAAAUCAUCCGAUUGCUUUACAUAUAAGGUUUCUGCGCGAUAUGAUGAGGAACUUUUGGCCGGAAACAAAAGGCCAACUAAACGCGAGGUUCUACGCACUCUAAUGAUGGUCUUCGAUCCUUUGGGAUUCAUUGCGCACCUGCUUAUGUUCCUUAAAGUCCUCCUACAAGAGAUUUGGCGAACGUCCGUGGAAUGGGAUGAUCCGAUAGAAGAUGCUCAGUUCGACAAGUGGCUUUUAUGGUUGUUAGUGUUUCCAAAGAUAGGAAGUUUGGAAAUUCCCAGGUGCUACCGAUCGCAGACUUCCUUAGAAGCAGAUGUGGAAAUGCAUACUUUUGUUGACGCUAGUGAAAACGGAUUUGCGGCGGUCGUGUACCUUCGCUUUCAAGAGGAGAAUGUGAUUGAAUGCGCCUUCAUAGGAGCAAAAACUAGAGUAGCUCCAUUGAAGUUUUUGUCUAUACCUCGGUCGGAAUUACAAGCUGCUCUCCUCGGUUCCCGCCUGUCGGACACAAUUCUUUCAUCUCUUACCAUCAAGAUAAGCAAGCGGUUCUUUUGGACAGACUCCAGGGACGUUCUCUGUUGGCUUAGAUCUGAUCAUCGGCGGUACAGCCAAUUUGUUGCCUUUCGUGUCAGUGAAAUACUGGAAUCAACUGACGUCAUUGACUGGCGAUGGGUUCCAACGAGGAAGAACGUUGCCGACGAGGGAACAAAAUGGACAGGAACACCCGAUCUUUCUGCCGAUAGUCGCUGGUACCGUGGACCAGACUUCCUCUGGCAAAACGAGAACUGCUGGCCCGUAUCAUCAAGCCUCAAACAGUCUACGAAUGAGGAGCUCAGGUCACACUUGCUCACACACACUAAGCUCACUGAUUCCGUGCUUUUUCCGCAAAACUUCUCUAAGUGGAGUUCAAUGCUUCGGCGAACAGCAUAUGUUUUUCGUUACAUUAAUAAUUUGAAACUUUCCACUAAAAAGGAGCAACGAGUCGUUGGGGUCCUGACGCAUAAGGAGUUGGCACAGGCGGAAUACUACUUGUUCAGGGUAGCACAAACUGAAGUAUACGGCGAUGAAAUCACUACGCUAACCACAAACCGUUCCACGCGCACGAUGAAGAAAAUCGCAAGAAAUAAUCCGUUGUUCCGCAGUGCCUUCAUAGACGAAAACGGUGUAGCGCGAGUACAAGGAAGAACCGGAGCCUGUUCAUUCGUCGAUCGCGAUGCUGUCUAUCCUAUUAUACUACCUCGUGAUCAUGCCAUCACACGAUUAGUUAUCAAGGAAGCUCACGAGCGUUUCAACCACCAAAAUCACGAAACUAUCAUCAACGAAAUUCUCCAGCGUUUCCGCAUCCCUCGAAUAAAAGCGACCUAUCAAGCUAUUCGUCGGAAUUGUCAAUACUGCAAAAAUCAACAAGCAAGGCCGUUACCACCGGUUGUGGCCGAUCUACCUCAAUCACGCCUUGCUGCUUUUAGUCGUCCAUUCACACACAUGGGAGUGGAUUAUUUUGGCCCGAUUCUAGUCUCCGUGGGCCGUCGCACAGAAAAAAGGUGGGGGGUACUCGCAACCUGUCUAACUACGCGCGCCAUUCACCUGCAAGUCGCUCACACACUGACAACUGACUCUUGUAUAAUGGCAAUUCGGAACAUCAUAGCCAGGAGAGGAAUUCCCGCUAUUAUUUACAGCGAUCGUGGCACCAAUUUUCGAGCUGCCAACAAAGAAUUACAGGCCGCUCAACAGAAGCUCAACCUCGACAGAAUGGCAAAGGAGUUUACCUCAAGUCGCACCCAAUGGACGUUCAUUCCACCCCUAACCCCGCAUAUGGGAGGAGCGUGGGAACGACUGAUUUACACCGUAAAGAAAAAUCUUGCUGUUCUCCAACCUUGUAGGCUGCCGACGGACGAGGUUCUACAGAACGCAAUAACAGAAGUUGAAAACAUAGUCAAUUCCCGACCAUUGACCGACAUUCCAGUGGAUUGCGAUUCUUCGCCCGUUUUAACACCCAAUCAUUUUCUGCUAGACUCAGCGAAUGGUUUGAGAUCUUGGGUACCCCUCGACGAUAACCCAGUAUUAUUGAGGAACAGCUUCAAGCAAUCUCAAAAGAUGGCGGACACAUUUUGGAGACAGUGGAUACGAGACUAUCUACCUACUAUUACACGGCGGACCAAAUGGUUUACGCCAGUGAAACCUAUCAGCGUUGGCGACAUUGUGGUGAUCGUCGAUCCAAAGUUUCCUCGCAAUCUUUGGCCGAAGGGCCGAAUUAUCGCCACGCAUCCUGCUGCGGACGGCCAAGUACGGUAUGCUACUGUGCAAACGUCAGCUGGUGGUAUCUUCGAGCGUUCAGCUGUAUCACUAGCGGUGCUCGAUGUAGGCGUUGAAACGAAUACGCUGUCGAAGAAUCUUUCGCGCAUUCCGGGGGGGAGUGUUGACGGCGCCACAUCGUAA